GCCAGGCCUGAGUCCUACUUCCGGGGAGAGUGAGGUCGGCCCCUGGAGAAGCCGGAAGAGUGCAUUUGCGCGCGCUUCCCAAAGUCGCUGCAGCUCGGAGGGCAGUGGUGCGCGCCGCGCGGGAGGCGGGGGCUGGGGAAGAUACGUAAAGAGGAAGGGCGGAGGAUUGGAGGGGGAGGUGCCCUUGCGGACCGUAAGGGGCGGGGCCUACGGGGAGUGGAAGAAUUAAAUGAAACUGGGCGGGCCUUAAGUAAACUAGGGGACAAGGGCUUGGUGGGCGAGGCCUUAAGGGCUGUGUAGUCUGUGUGGGCGUGGUCUUUUGGCUAAGGGAGAUCUGGUACCGAGUGGGCGGGGCCAUUAUGAGGCGGAGCCUGGCGUGGAAUUGUUCGCUCCCUUCUGCUAUGCAGCAUGGGGCAUCGUACUCUAGCUUCUUUCCCGGCCCUGUGGGCCUCCAUCCCCUGUCCACGCUCGGAGCUGCGCCUGGACCUGGUUCUGGCUUCCGGACAGUCCUUCCGGUGGAGGGAGCAAAACCCUGCGCACUGGACUGGAGUGCUGGCGAACCAGGUAUGGACACUGACCCAGACUGAGGAGCAGCUCUACUGUACUGUGUACCGAGGCGACAAGGGAUGGGUUGGCAGGCCUACACCAGAAGAGCUAAAGACUGUGCACCAGUACUUCCAGCUGGAUGUCAGCCUGGCUCAACUAUAUCACCAUUGGAGUUCUGUGGACCCCCACUUUCAAGAAGUGGCUCAGAAAUUCCAAGGUGUGCGACUCCUGCAACAGGACCCCAUCGAGUGCCUUUUCUCCUUCAUCUGUUCCUCCAACAACAACAUUGCUCGCAUAACUGGCAUGGUAGAACGGCUCUGUCAGGCCUUCGGACCUCGGCUCAUCCAGCUUGAUGAUGUCACCUACCAUGGCUUCCCCAGCCUGCAGGCUCUGGCUGGGCCAGAGGUAGAGGCUCAGCUCAGGAAGCUGGGCCUGGGGUACCGUGCCCGCUACGUGAGUGCCAGUGCUCGAGCCAUCCUAGAAGAACAGGGUGGGCUGCCCUGGCUGCGGCAGCUGCACAAGGCCCCUUACGAGGAGGCCCACAAGGCCCUCUGCACCUUGCCCGGGGUGGGCACCAAGGUGGCUGACUGCAUCUGCUUGAUGGCCCUAGACAAGCCCCAGGCCGUGCCCGUGGAUGUCCACAUGUGGCAGAUUGCCCAGCGUGACUACAGCUGGCACCCCACCACGUCCCAGGCCAAGGGUCCAAGCCCGCAGGCUAACAGGGAACUGGGAAGCUUUUUCCGGAGCCUGUGGGGACCUUAUGCUGGCUGGGCCCAAGCAGUACUGUUCAGUGCUGACCUGUGCCAACCCCACCAGGCUCAGGAGCCACCAGCAAAGCGCAGGAGAUCUACAGACCCAGAAGGCUACGUGGGGGGCACUGGACAAAGGGGUUCCCCAAAUACCUCUCCCCCCAUCCAGUUUUGUGUUGGGAAGGGGGCAUCCUGCAACUACCUCAGGGGCCAGGUGCACUCAAAUUAAGUAGUUUGCACAGCAGUGUGGGGUGGGGAUUCCCUGGAGAGACAGAGCUACCUAUGUUUUUAUCUCUUCCCUUUAUUACAAGAAAGAACAAUAAAAUAGAAACAUUUGUAUGGAAAA